CAGCGACACUCCCCGCUUUCGUUUUCGCUGGGAACUUCGUCCCGGAACUCCCGCCGUUGCGGCUGUCACGGUUUAAGCUGGGGGUUCGGUCCAAUAUGGCGGCGGACGGAUGGAAAUACUGAUGACAGUCCGGAAGAUCGCCUCGAUUUGUACGAUGGGCGCCAAUGCCUCUGCUUUGGAGAAGGAGAUUGGACCAGAACAGUUUCCUGUAAAUGAACAUUACUUUGGAUUGGUGAAUUUCGGCAACACCUGCUACUGCAACUCAGUGCUACAGGCGCUGUACUUCUGCCGGCCGUUCAGGGAGAAGGUGCUGGCUUACAAGAUGCAGCCGCGGCGAAAGGAGAACCUGCUCACCUGCCUGGCCGACCUGUUCAACAGCAUUGCCACGCAGAAGAAGAAGGUGGGCGUCAUCCCGCCCAAGAAGUUUAUCUCCCGGCUGCGGAAAGAGAACGAGCUCUUCGACAAUUACAUGCAGCAAGAUGCGCACGAGUUCCUCAACUACUUGCUCAAUACCAUCGCCGAUCUCCUGCUGGAGGAGAAGAGUCAGGAGAGGCAGCAGAACGGCAAGCUGGUGUCCAACGGCGGAGGGGGCGGCAGCGGGAACGGCCCCGAGGCGGAGGAACAAGAGAGAACUCAGCAGACCUGGGUCCAUGAGAUCUUCCAGGGCACGCUGACCAAUGAGACCCGGUGCCUCAACUGCGAAGCGGUCAGCAGCAAAGAUGAGGACUUCCUCGAUCUGUCGGUGGAUGUGGAGCAGAACACCUCCAUCACGCACUGCCUCAGAGGGUUCAGCAACACAGAGACGCUGUGCAGCGAGUACAAGUACUACUGUGAGCAGUGUCGGAGUAAACAGGAAGCCCAGAAGAGGAUGCGGGUGAAGAAGCUGCCCAUGAUCCUAGCUCUGCACCUGAAGAGGUUCAAGUACAUGGACCAGCUGCACCGCUACACCAAGCUGUCCUACCGCGUCGUCUUCCCGCUGGAGCUGCGGCUCUUCAACACGUCGGGGGACGCCACCAACCCCGACCGCCUCUACGACCUGGUGGCCGUGGUGGUGCACUGCGGCAGCGGGCCAAACCGAGGUCACUACAUCACCAUCGUGAAGAGCCACGGCUUCUGGCUUCUGUUUGAUGACGACAUCGUGGAGAAAAUCGACGCCCAGGCCAUCGAGGAGUUCUACGGACUCACUUCAGACAUCUCGAAGAACUCCGAGUCCGGUUACAUCCUCUUCUAUCAGUCCAGAGACUGAAGCAUGGUGGCGGCCACCGGGCAGGACACUGCUUCCUUCUGGGGCCAGUGCAGUGCAGUGCAGGGUAAGUGCCAGAGAUCAGGUCGUCUCACUGGAGCAGUGCAGGUCCUCUGAGUCAGGGAGAUGGUGACCAGAGGGUGAGCCUCUACGCCCUGCACUGGAUUUUGUAGUUGGCCUGUUGCGUCACCCUCCGCUGUGAGCUCAGACGGGCUCUACAGUGUGGCUGCUGCUCGAGGGCUGCACUGGGUGUUAAACCGAGGGAUACCCAUGAGGAACAUUUCUCUUUGUGUGUGAACUGCACCAACACUGGGAGGUGUGCACUGGGUUAAUUGCCACGACGAGGGUCCACUGCAGACGCAGUGUAGCGCCGGCCAAGGCAGGGGAGCCGGUCAUCCCAACUGCGGACACACGCACAUGUCGAACAUGCCCACGUCUGCAGUGUGCCGGCCAC